CCGGGGCCGUGGGCGGCGUGGCGCGCAGGCGCUCCGGGCGCCGCCAACUGAAGUGGUCAUGGACGCCUUGGAGUCGUUGUUGGACGAGGUGGCUCUGGAGGGGCUUGAUGGCCUGUGUCUGCCCGCACUGUGGAGCCGUCUGGAGACGCGGGUGCCGCCCUUCCCGCUGCCUUUGGAGCCCCACACGCAGGAGUUUUUGUGGCGGGCCCUUGCCACGCACCCGGGCAUCAGCUUCUAUGAGGAGCCUCGGGAGCGACCCGACCUCCAGCUCCAGGACCGGUAUGAAGAAAUCGAUUUGGAAACUGGAAUUUUGGAGUCCAGGAGGGACCCGGUCCCUUUGGAGGAUGUCUACCCCAUUCAUAUGAUCUUAGAGAAUAAGGAUGGCAUCCAGGGCUCAUGCCGGUAUUUUAAGGAGAGGAAAAACAUCACCAAUGACAUCAGGACCAAGUCUUUGCAGCCCCGUUGUACAAUGGUGGAAGCCUUUGGCAGGUGGGGGAAGAAGCUGAUCAUUGUUGCCUCCCAGGACAUGCGGUAUCGGGCCUUGAUAGGCUUGGAGGGUGACCCCGACCUGAAGCUCCCCGACUUCUCCUACUGCAUUUUGGAGCGAUUAGGCCGGUCCCGGUGGCAAGGAGAGCUCCAGCGAGACCUCCACAGCACUGCUUUCAAGGUUGAUGCUGGGAAGCUCCACUAUCAUAGGAAAAUUUUGAACAAAAACGGGCUCAUUACGAUGCAGUCACACGUGAUCCGAUUACCCACUGGGGCACAGCAGCACUCCAUCCUCCUCCUCCUGAACCGGUUUCAUGCGGACAGGAGGAGCAAAUACGACAUCCUCAUGGAGAAGCUUUCUGUGGUGCUGAGCACACGGAGUAACCAGAUCGAGACACUGGGAAAGCUGAGGGAAGAACUGGGGCUGUGCGAGAGAACGUUUAAGCGUCUGUACCAGUACAUGCUGAAUGCUGGCCUAGCAAAGGUGGUGUCUCUUCCCUUACAGGAGAUUCACCCUGAACGUGGACCUUGUAAGACAAAGAAAGGGACCGACGUCAUGGUGCGCUGCCUCAAGCUGCUGAAGGAAUUCAAACGGAAGGUGGAGGACGACCACGACCAGGACGACGACGAGGAUGAGGAGGUCAUCUCCAAGGCCGUGCCUCCGGUGGACGUUGUGUAUGAGCGGGACAUGCUCACGCAGACCUAUGAACUCAUUGAGCGCAGAGGCACGAAAGGAAUUUCCCAAGCUGAAAUCCGAGUGGCCAUGAAUGUGGGGAAACUGGAAGCAAGAAUGCUGUGUCGCCUUCUUCAGAGAUUCAAAAUUGUCAAGGGGUUCAUGGAAGAUGAAGGGCGGCAGCGGACCACCAAGUACAUCUCCUGCGUGUUUGCAGAAGAGAGCGACCUCAGCCGGCAGUACGAGAGGGAGAAGGCCCGGAAUGAGCUCCUGACCACUGUGAGCUUGGCCUCCGUGCAGGAGGAGUCCCUGCUGCCUGAAGGGGAGGACACUUUCCUGUCCGAGUCGGACAGUGAGGAGGAGGGCGGCCGCAGCAGCAGCAAGAGGAGAGGCAGAGGACCGAGGGGCAAUGUGAGGUCCUCCUCCAGCCUCAGUCUCAGGACUCAGCCUCAUCACUCCACCCCAGCCAAGGGUGGGUGGAAAGUCGUAAACCUACACCCAUUGAAGAAGCAGUCGGCAUCCUGCCCAGGAGCUGCUGAGGGGAAAGCCUUCCGGAGCUCUGCCAGCAGGGACAGCCUCCUGGAUACCAACAGCUCCACAGACCCCAGCGUGUCCUAUGGCUCCUGCUGCAUGGAGAAUAAGAGUGGUGACAUAGCUGUGAUCGAAGAGGUCAGGCUUGAAAACCCAAAGGAGAGUGGCGGUUCCCAGAAGACGGGGAAGCACGGCCCAGGCCAAGACAAACCCCAUGAAACUUACCGACUGCUGAAACGCAGGAAUCUGAUCAUAGAAGCUGUCACCAACCUCCGCUUAAUUGAGAGCUUAUUCACGAUUCAGAAAAUGAUCAUGGAUCAGGAGAAGCAAGAGGGCGUGUCCACCAAGUGCUGUAAGAAGUCCAUUGUCCGCUUGGUGCGGAACCUGUCGGAGGAGGGUCUGUUGAGACUGUUUCGGACUACGGUUAUUCAAGAUGGCAUCAAGAAGAAGGUGGAUCUGGUAGUGCACCCAUCCAUGGACCAGAACGACCCUCUCGUGAGAAGUGCCAUCGAGCAGGUUCGUUUCCGGAUCUCCAAUUCAAGCACAGCCAACAGAGUUAAAGUGCCCCAGCCUCCAGUGCCUCAGGAGGAGGCUGAAGAAGAAAGUCAAGGAAAAGAGGGUCCGAGUGGAUCAGAAGACUCUCAGCCAAACGCUUCCUCUAAACCAGAAAGUGGACGGGUGAAAAAAGCUGAUAAGAAAAUGGGCAUAACCCAGCUUAAAAAUUAUAAGCCUGUUGUAGUUCCUGGACUUGGGCGUUCUCUAGGGUUUCUGCCCAAAAUGCCUCGCCUCCGGAGGGUCCACAUGUUCCUGUGGUACCUGAUCUACGGGCACCCUGCCAGCAACGCAGUGGAGAAUCUGGGCCUCAGCAGUGAGAGGAGAACGGGAAAGCAGGAGCCGAGCAGGGUGGGAGCCCAGCCCUGCUCCGCAGUUGACUUGGAGGCCUCCUCUGAUGCCCCACCCGAGGACAGCCUAGAUGGAGCCAGCCGGGAGGCUGAAGUGGAGCUCGCCACGGAGACAGUAUACGUGGAUGAAGCCUCAUGGAUGCGCUACAUCCCUCCCCUCCCAGUCCACAGGGACUUUGGCUUCGGCUGGGCUCUCGUCAGUGACCUUCUCCUUUGCCUGCCGCUCUCCAUCUUUGUCCAGAUUGUGCAAGUCAGCUACAAGGUGGACAACCUCGAGGAGUUUCUGAAUGACCCUCUGAAGAAGCACACGCUCAUCCGCUUUCUCCCCAGGCCUAUCCGGCAGCAGCUUCUGUACAAGAGACGGUACAUCUUCUCGGUGGUGGAGAACCUUCAGAAGCUGUGCUACAUGGGGCUGCUGCAAUUUGGUCCCACAGAAAAGUUUCAGGAUAAAGAUCAGGUCUUUAUUUUCUUGAAGAAGAAUGCCGUCAUCGUUGACACCACCAUCUGUGACCCACAUUACAACCUUGCCCACAGCAGCCGGCCCUUUGAAAGGCGUCUGUAUGUCCUGAACUCAAUGCAGGAUGUGGAAAACUAUUGGUUUGAUCUGCAGUGCGUCUGCCUCAAUACCCCGCUAGGUGUGGUGCGCUACCCACGUGUCAGAAAGAACAGCCCCGAUCAGGGCAGUGAUGAGGAGGGCAGUCUGCAGAAGGAGCAGGAGAGCGCCAUCGACAAGCACACUCUGGAGCACGCUCUGGAGCGCAAGAGCGCCAUGAUGCAGUACACCACGGGCAGCCGUGAUGUUGUGGAUGAAGGCUUGAUCCCUGGAGAUGGGCUGGGAGCCGCUGGGCUCGAUUCCAGUUUCUACGGACACAUAAAGCGCAACUGGAUCUGGACCAGCUAUAUCAUCAACGACGCCAAAAAGGAGAACAGCACCUCAGAGAACGGGCUCACAGUGAGGCUCCAGACGUUUCUGUCCAAGCGCCCGUUGCCACUUGGUGCUGGAGGCAAUGGCCGGUUGAAUCUCUGGGGAGAAGCCAGAGCAGGAUCCGAGCUCUAUGCUGGCAGGGAAGAGCAGUUUGAGGUUGGCCGAGAGCCCACGCUGGACAGGAACCGGAGAGUGAGGGGUGGGAAAAGCCAGAAGCGGAAACGGCUGAAGAAGGACCCUGGAAAGAAGAACAAGAGAAAGAAAAAAGAAGAGCUCCCAGAAGAGAAAAGCAAAAAGCUGCGUUACCACGACGAGGCCGACCAGAGCGCCCUGCAGAGGAUGACCCGGCUGCGCGUCACCUGGUCCAUGCAGGAGGACGGGCUGCUCAUUCUCUGCCGCAUUGCCAGCAACGUCCUCAACACCAAGGUGAAGGGCCCAUUUGUCCCCUGGCAGGUCGUGCGGGACAUUUUGCACGCAACCUUUGAAGAGUCUUUGGAUAAAACAUCGCAUUCGGUUGGACGAAGAUCUCGCUACAUAGUCAAAAACCCACAAGCCUAUCUGAACUAUAAGGUCUGCCUAGCCGAGGUGUACCAAGAUAAGGCACUUGUUGGAGAUUUCAUGAGUCGAAAAUGUGACUAUGACAACCCGAAGGUUUGCGCCAACGAGUUUAAAGAAUUUGUGGAGAAGCUUAAAGAGAAGUUCAGUUCAGCCCUAAGGAAUCCGAACCUUGAAAUCCCAGACACACUCCAGGAGCUGUUUGCCAAAUACCGAGUUUUGGCGAUUGGAGACGAAAAAGAUCACCUCAGGAAAGAGGAUGAACUUAGUAGCGUGGACGACGUCCACUUUCUCGUGCUCCAGAACCUGAUGCAGAGCACGCUGGCCCUCUCGGACCGUCAGAUGAAGUCCUGCCAGUCGUUUCAGACUUUCCGCUUGUACCAGGAGUAUAAGGACCAGAUUCUCGUGAAGGCCUUCAUGGAGUACCAGAAAAGGAGCUUGGUCAACCGGCGCCGGGUUAACCACAUGCUGGGCCCAAAGAAAAACCGGGCUCUGCCCUUUGUGCCAAUGUCCUACCAGUUGUCCCAGACCUACUACAGGAUUUUCACAUGGCGAUUUCCGAGCACCGUCUGCACAGAAUCAUUCCAGUUCUUCGACAGGAUCCGGGCUGCCGGCAAGUUCGACCAGCUUGAUAAUUUUUCCUUCAAAGACCAGGAUAAUAAUGACUCCCCAAGUGACCUGGUGGCAUUUUCUUUGGACGGCCCUGGAGGACACUGUGCAGCCGCCCUGACCCUCUUCUCUUUGGGCCUUAUUUCCGUGGAUGUCAGGAUCCCUGAGCAGAUCGUAGUGGUGGACAGUUCAAUGGUGGAGAAUGAGGUCAUUAAGAGCCUGGGGAAGGACGGGGCCCUGGAAGAGGACGAGGACGAAGAGGAAGACUUGGACGAAGGCUCAGGGGGCAAGCGCCGGGGCAUCGAGGUGAAAGCCCGCCAGGCGUCCCACACCAACUACCUGCUGAUGAGGGGCUACUGCGCGCCCGGCAUCGUGAGCACCCGCAACCUCAACCCCAACGACAGCAUCGUGGUCAACUCCUGCCAGGUCAAGUUCGGGCUCCGCCGCAGCCCCGCGCCCACCAGGCUCGGGCCUGCUGCCGCUUCUCUAGAGGAGCUGACAGUGGGAGCCUCCUGCCUCCCCACCACCUUCACCAGGCUGAUCAGCAGCCGAGAGGGCGCCUGCAGCCUGGAGGAGUUUGCCCACCAGGUGGAGUUGUCUGGGUACACGCCUGGAGACGUGGCCGCCGCCUUGGAGGUCCAGGGCGCCAUUGCAGCGGCGGGGUGCUUCGGGGUGGACAGGGUGGAGCUGCGCAGACGGUUCCCCGCCUUUGAGAGGACGGACGGCGAGCGCAGCAGAACCUUCACGGACUACGUCCAGGACCUUUUGGAGCGAAACCAGGUGCUGGAAGUCGGCGGCAACACCGCUCGCCUGGUGACCAUGGCCUCUGCCCAGCCCUGGCUCCUGCACUCGGUGCAGCUAAAAGGCGAGGAGGACACUGAUGCUCAAAGAGAAGACCCUCAGGCUAGACCCCUGGAGGGGCCUUCCAGCAAGGACGGCCUUGCUGAGAGGCAGGCACCACCUCCUCAGGGCCCCCGGAGCACCAAGAGGCGUGCCAGCUGGGCCAGCACUGAUGCAGCCAGUCAGAGCGGGGGGACUGACUCCGAGAGUACCCAGAAUCCCCCCGCAAAGAGGCCCAUGCUCCAGGAUGUGCGCUUGGCCCCCAGCCCCGGGCCCAGAGCAGAAGAGGGGCCAGAAACCCAGGCACCUGCUCUCCCCGUAGCUCCUGAAGACACAGGUGCAAGGGAGCCUCCCCCAGGAGCAGUGGAGGCUGGGCAGGAGGACCAAGAGGGCAUCGCGGUCCCCAGCUCCCCUGGCCAAGAGCAGCUGAGCUGUCAGGCCCAGCUUCCAGAGGGCUCUGAAGACGCCAGAGGUUUUGCCGAGAGUUCUGUGGCUGGCCGCCUCUCCCAGGCAGCACGGGAGAGGGCCUGCGAGAGCAUCUGCUUCAUCGGCCGCCCGUGGCGCAUCGUGGAUGGCCACCUGAACACACCAGUGUGCAAGGGCAUGAUGGAGGCUGUGCUGUACCACAUCAUGACCAGGCCCGGCGUGCCCGAGAGCUGCCUGCUGCAGCACUACCAGGGCGUCCUGCAGCCCGUCGCCGUGCUCGAGCUGCUCCAGGGCCUGGAAUUCCUUGGCUGCAUUAAAAAGCGCGUGCUGAGAAAGCCAGCGGCCGUCUCGCUCUUCUCUCAGCCUGCAGUUGAAGAGGCAGAGGCACCCUCCAGCCCGAGUGAGAGCCCCACGGUGUUCUACGAGCCCACGCUGGACUGCACCCUCCGGCUGGGCCGCGUGUUCCCCCACGAGGUCAACUGGAACAAGUGGGUCCACUUCUGAGGCGCGUGGUCAUCACGACCCUCCUUUCCCACCGCC